GCCAGGAGCCCGCCGCGCCGUGCGCGCGUCUCUGCUCGUGGAGUUGGGGAGCAGGAGGGGAGAGGCCAGCAGGCAGCCACCGCCGCCCCGUGAUAAAGGCGGCGGCGGCGGCGGCAGAGUCAGCAGCUCUCCCGCUGCUGCUGUUGCCGCCGCCGCCGGCAGAAUGAGCGGGAGCGCGAGAGGCGCCAAGAGCCGAGCCGGCGAGGAGGGCGAGCGCCUGGCACGUUGUCUCCGGUGGGCCGCGUGGGCGGGGAGAGGCGAGGCUGAGGGGGAAGAAGAAGAAGAAGAAGAAGAAGGGGGGAGGCAGCGGCAGCAGCAGCCAGUGCUAGUUGAACGGAGGGGACGACGGGGCGGCGGCAGCGGGGCGGAGGACGCCGAGGAGCCCGCCAGCCGCCGAAGGGUUGGGCCACAGGCUGAGGCAGCGCGCGAGGGGAGGGGUGGGAGACGGACAGAAAUAGAGGCGGCCGACACGGCGGGAGGAAAGCGACCGGAGGCGGCGGCGGCAGGAGGAGGACGGGAUUCGUGAGGGGGAAGGAAGGGAAGGCGGGCGAGCGAGCGGGCGGGCGGGCGUCUCAGUCUGAGGGGAAGGGAGGCAGAGCGGGAGAAGGAGCCGAGCGGGCGAGACAAUAAAGGCGAAGUUCCGAGGGGAGGCGGAAGGGGCGCGGGGCGUGGAGGAGCCAUGAAGCCGGGGAAGUGAGAGAGUGUGAGAGACAGAGAGAGUGAGGCGAGCGGAGGACUCGCCGCCCCGGGAGCCAGAGUGUGAGGAAGAGGAGGAGGAGGAGGAAGGACGAGGAGGAGGAGGAGCAGACCAUGCCUUCCAGGAAAGCAGGCGUUGCGCUGUAGCAGCGCCCUGCCCUGCAGCCCGAGCGAACUCCGCCAAGAAGCCGGCGCCGCGUCCAUUGCAGGUUGAUGACGAUGAUCUGUCAAACUCUUUAAAGGAACAGCAUGGAGAUUGGCACUCUGAACUGUUAAAUGGGGUCAUGGGACUCACAUUGUCAUUGAUCACUUGUGUGGAUUUAACCAGUGAGGAGCAGCAUCAGCAACUGAUAGAAAAGCGUCAAGAAUUAACACAGCACUGAAGGUCAUCAAAUCUUGUUCUAUUAAUUUCUACCUGGGAGAAUGUCUGAGCAAGGUAAAACAGAAGAAACUGGAAGCGAGCAAGACUCAGCCAUCUCCCAACAAGAGAAUUGCAUCCUUAACUCAGAGGUAGAUGAAAAAGAUGAAAAUGGCAAAUCAGACCAGAAACGAGGUGCUAACCAGAACCAGCAGAAAAAGAGACUCAAGUCAGGAGGGAAGGGUAAACUGGUCCGAAGUCUCGCUGUCUGCGAAGAAUCUUGCCCUCGUCUGGAAACAGAGAAUGACAACCAGGAAUCAAUACAACUGCAGCUUUCAAGUUUCCCCAGCCUACAAGAAGAGGAUAAAUCUAGUAAAGAUGACUCUGAGAAAGAAAAAGAAAAGAAUAAAAACAAAGAGAAAGAUAGAAACAGUGAAAAACCCAAGAUAAGAAUGUUAUCAAAAGACUGCAGCCAAGAAUACACAGACUCAACAGGCAUAGAUUUGCACGAAUUUCUGGUUAACACAUUAAAGAAUAAUCCCAGGGAUAGAAUGAUACUGUUAAAACUGGAACAGGAAAUUAUUGAUUUUAUCAGUGACAACAGUAAUCAUUAUAAAAAGUUCCCCCAGAUGUCGUCAUAUCAGCGAAUGCUAGUGCACAGAGUGGCAGCUUACUUUGGCAUGGAUCACAACGUGGAUCAGACUGGGAAAUCUGUAAUUAUCAACAAGACCAGCAAUAUGAGAAUACCAGAGCAAAGGUUUUCUGAACAUUUAAAAGAUGAAAAAGGUGAAGAUUCCCAGAAGCGAUUUAUCUUGAAGCGAGAUAACUCUAGUAUUGAUAAAGAAGACAAUCAGCAAAACAGAAUUCAUCCAUUUAGAGAUGACAGACGAAGUAAAUCAAUUGAAGAGAGAGAAGAGGAGUAUCAGAGGGUGAGGGAGAGAAUAUUUGCACAAGAUUCAGUUUGCUCCCAGGAAAACAUUUUUCUGGAUAACAGGCUCUUGGAGGAUAGCAUAUGCAAUGAAACCCUUAAGAAAAGGCAGCUCUUCAGGGGUAACAGGGAUAGUACGGGGAAGACAUCUGGCAGCCGGCAAAGCAGCACUGAUAAUGAGCUAAAAUGGGCAGACCACCAGAGGCCCUGGAGCAGCACAGACUCAGACAGCUCCAAUCGCAAUUUGAAGCCAGCCAUAACAAAGACAGCAAGUUUUGGUGGAAUAACUGUUCUGACAAGAGGAGACAGCUCAUCAAGCAACAGGAGUACCGGCAAACUGUCUAAAACAGGUAGUUCAGAGUCUUCCAGCAGUGCUGGGUCCUCAGGAUCUCUGUCACGAACACAUCAACCUCUCCAAAGUGCAUCAGUUGUCCCUGGAGUUACAGCCACCUCUUCGAGCAAUGUUCCCUAUACAGACAAUGGAAUAAGUGGCCAGGUAGUAGCAAACAACACCAGCUACAUCAUACUUCCACUUGAAGCUGCAGGGAUUCCACCGGGAAGUAUCCUGCUCAAUCCACACACAGGUCAACCAUUUGUAAACCCUGAUGGUACACCUGCAAUAUACAACCCACCCAGCAGUCAACAGCCUAUUAGAAGCCAGAUAGUUGGACAGUCUCAGCAACCGCCUUCAUCCCAGCAACCUGUGCAGCAACCACAGCAACAAAUUACAAGUCACCUUGUCACGCAGCCAGUUCAGGCUCUGCAGCCUUCUUCUCAGUCAGUGCAGUAUCCAGCCGUUUCCUAUCCUCCUCAGCAUCUUCUGGCAGUGUCUCCAACACAGCAGUUUCCUGUGCGAGAUGACAUGACAACACAGUUUAGCCAGAUGAGUUUAAGUCGUCAGUCGUCAGGAGACAACCCUGAUUCGCCUUCUGGUCCUGUCUACCCAUCACCUAUUAUACAGCAGUCUUCCCCACAGACUGGUUACGUCAUGGCAUCCAGCCAACAGCUCCCUCCCGGAGGUUUUGCAGGUUCGGGUCCACCCGUAUCCCAGCAAGUACUGCAAGCUGCACCUCCACCGCAGGGUUAUGUACAGCCGCCACCACCUGCUCAGAUGCCUGUGUACUAUUACCCCUCUGGUCAAUACCCUACCUCAGCAACUCAGCAGUACAGACCCAUGGCCUCUGUUCAAUACAAUACACAACGGAGCCCACAAAUACCACAGACUGCACAGCAAGCAGGUUACCAGUCUGUCUUACCUAAUCAACAACAAGGGUUCCAGGGACUCAUGGGAAUGCAACAGCCUCCCCAAAGUCAGAACCUAAUGAAUAAUCAACAGGGAAAUCAGGUGCAAGGCAUGAUGGUCCAAUACCCCACCAUGUCGUCCUAUCAGGUGCCAAUGACCCAGGGUUCUCAAGGACUGCCACAACAGUCGUAUCAACAGCCACUCAUGCUACCUAAUCAAUCAGGUCAAGGAACACUUACAGCCACUGGAAUGCCUGUUUACUGUAAUGUCAUACCUCCUUCCCCACAGAAUAAUCUCCGAUUGAUUGCACAACACUGUCCUUCUAAUAAUGUCCCACCAGUUAUCUCUGCCAACUGCAGGACAAACUGUGCGAAUAUUAGCAAUGCUGGAUGGCAGGUCAAGUACUGAAACUGUGAAUCCUUAGUACCAAUAUAUAAAAGGUAGCUGGUUUUUUUGUUUUGUUUUUUUAAUGACGACUAUCUCAUGGCCUUCAAAUGAAAUGAGGAACACAACAAGAGUUAUCAGUUGAGGGCAUAGAGUCAGUGCUGCUGGAAAUAUGUAAAAACAACAACAAAAUGUAAUAAGUUGUUCUCGCUGGUUAAUGGUGCAUAUUUUUGUCAUGUCUGCUAGGUCUGCCUUUAUAGCUUAGCUAGUGACAUGAAAUCAUUGAGGUAAGAUUUUUUCCUACCACUGAACACCACUGUGUAGAUUAUAAUAUCCCUAAUUCAGAUUAGUUUUGUACUUUGUGUUGAGUUUGUGAAGCAAAAAGUAUUUAAAAAAAUAUAAUAAAACCACAUUGUACCAAAGUUGUAAUGGACAUUUAAAAAAAAAGCUGAAUGGAAGGAAUAAUUUAUAUACACUAUAGAGUUUUUUAUGGAUAUCUACUGUAUUGUAGUGUUAAAUCACAAUAAAGCUACUUGACCUCAUGAAGAAAGGUCAGCUUUCUACUA